GGAGGAGAAGUCCGGUGAGYGACGCUGAGCUUCGUGACGUCAAAUGUGUGCGCCGGCUCUGACCACGUGGGUGCGACGUUUUCGCAGAUGCAGCAAAACAAUCUGCAGUGACGCUCGCACGCCUGCAAACUUUUGUUUCUGUCGUCUGUUCAACACACGAAGGAGCCGCAGAGCUUCUCCUGCCGGACCCACCCUCACUGGACCAUGCCCCACGACCCCGACCCUCCUCCGGCCAAGAAAUUCAAGCCGGGGUCCGUGUUUUUCCGCCUGGAGAAAAACAAACCUGGAAUGCUGUUGCCCAGAAAGGGAAACAGUGUGACCACUCCGAUUGACGUCCAGAGGAAACACCUUCCAAUCUACCAGGCCAAACCUCAGUUGCUGAACCAKCUCAGACAGCUCCACAACGCUAUUGUUAUCGGUGAGACCGGCUCAGGGAAGACCACUCAGAUCCCUCAGUACCUGUAUGAAGCUGGCAUCGGCAGGCAAGGCAUGGUUGCCAUCACUCAACCCCGUCGAGUCGCCGCCAUCUCCCUGGCAGGAAGAGUGGCGGAAGAGAAGAGGWCUCAGCUCGGGAAGCUGGUCGGGUACACGGUGCGCUUUGAGGAUGUCACCUCGUCUGAGACGAAGCUGAAGUUUAUGACGGACGGGAUGCUCCUCCGAGAGGCCAUCGGAGACCCCUUACUGCUGCGCUACACUGUGGUGGUCCUGGAUGAAGCUCACGAGCGCACCGUGCACACUGAUGUGCUGUUUGGUGUGGUGAAGACUGCUCAGCGCCGGCGCAGGGAGUUAAACAAGAUUCCUCUGAAGGUCAUAGUGAUGUCUGCCACAAUGGAUGUGGAUCUGUUCUCAGAGUACUUUAACAAGUCGCCUGUGUUGUACCUGGAGGGGAGGCAGCACCCCAUCCAGAUCUACUACACCAAGCAGCCUCAGUCAGACUACCUGCAGGCAGCGCUCGUUUCUAUCUUCCAAAUCCAUCAGGAGGCUCCACCAUCUCAUGACAUCUUGGUGUUCAUGACGGGACAAGAGGAGAUCGAGGCUCUGGCGAGGACGUGCCGAGACAUCGCCAAGCACCUUCCUGACGGCUGCGGUCCAAUGGUCGUCACCACAUUGUACGCAGCGCUGCCCCCAGCCCUGCAGCUCAGGGUCUUCCAGCCAGCACCAAAGGGCUGUAGGAAGGUCAUACUCGCCACCAACAUCGCUGAGACAUCAGUCACGAUCUCUGGGAUCAAAUACGUCAUCGACACGGGGAUGGUGAAGGCCAAACGUUUCAAUCCUGACAGCGGGUUGGAGGUGCUGGCGGUGCAGCGAGUCUCUAAGGCCCAGGCGUGGCAGCGAGCGGGUCGGGCCGGCAGGGAGGACUCCGGCUUCUGCUACCGUCUCUACACCGAGCAGGAGUUCGACAGCCUCAUCCCCAUGACCGUACCGGAGAUCCAGAGGUGUAACCUGGCUGCUGUGAUGCUGCAGCUCAUGGCACUUGGGAUUCCAGAUGUGAUGAACUUUGAUUUCAUGUCCAAACCUUCUCCAGAGGCUGUGCGUGCUGCGGUGAAGCAGCUGGAGCUGCUGGGAGCUGUGGAGAAGAAGGAGGAGCAGGUUCUCCUCACCUCUCUGGGGAAGAAGAUGGCCAGUUUCCCUCUUGAGCCUAGAUUUUCCAAGACCAUCCUGCUGUCUCCAGAUUAUUCUUGUUCUGAGGAGAUCUUGAGCAUCGUGUCGCUGCUGUCGGUGGACAGUGUGCUGUACAACCCUCCGGCCCGCUGGGACGAGGUGCUCGCCGCUCGCAAGAAGUUCACGUCUAGUGAAGGAGACCACAUGACCCUGCUCAACACGUACAGAGCUUUCAAGAAAGUCAGCGGUAACAAGGAGUGGUGUCGAGCAAACUUUGUCAACAGCAGGAACAUGAGUCUGGCCAAAGAAGUUCAGGCUCAACUCCGAGAAAUCUGCCUGAAGCUGAACCUGAAGCUGGAGUCGUGCGGAGCCGACACGGGGAGCGUUCGACGCUGCCUCGCCCACGGCAUGUUCACCAACGCCGCGGAGCUCCAACCGGACGGCACCUACCUGGCUCUGGACUCCCACCAGACCGUGGCCAUCCACCCGUCCUCCGUCCUCUUCCAGUGCAAGCCGGCCUGCGUGGUCUUCAACGAGCUGCUGCACACGUCCCGCUGCUACAUGAAGGGUCUGUGUUUGGUGGAUGCAGACUGGCUGCUGGCCGCAGCGCCCGAGUACUUCGGCCACAAACUGCACCUGAACAAAAGCUAACAGGACGCAGGGCGGAUCGUUUGGACUGAGCAGAAACUUCCUCUACCUCCCAGCUGACAUGGAUCUGACUUGUGUCGCUGCAGCAAAUCUAAAACUCAGACUUCCUCCUCGUGUUAGAAAUAAGGUUUUUUUUUUCUUUUGCCUGAAAAUUAUAAAUCUCACUCUGCUGAACUUAUAGGAGAGAAACACUUUCAGCUUCUUGAAGGUUUGCACGCACCUUUGCAGCACAGAUUACUUCACCAGAGGAGCAGAAAUCUACAUUUUUCAGAUUUUAUUUUGAACUGUGAAACCAAAAAGCAAACAGCAUUGCAGCAGUCUUUGUUUGCCUUCAGAGACUUGGCUUUCUAGAAGUGAAAUUUAGGUUUAUACGGCGUGGCUCUAAACGGGUUUUCAUGAGCAGAAAAAGAUUUCUUAAAAAAAAAAAAAAACAUAUUUGUCACAUUUAUACUUUUACACCUGUCUACCUGCGACAGCCUGUGCACACACCAACCUACAUGCAUGUCAGAAAGCAUUCCUUCUGUCUCCGGCUGAACACACACACACACACACACACACACACACACACACGCACACAUGGAGAUGAGCCAGUCACUCAGGUCUGCACAGUCUAGUACAGCUAUCUUUAUGGGGACCUUGCAUCAAUUUUAUUCAUUUCUCCAGCCUGAUCCUAACCUAAACCCAAAUCCUACCUUACCUGAACCUCAAUUUUUUUUUUUUUGUUGUUGUGUGAAGCAGACAGAUGUCCACUCAAUGGCAGAAUGUCCUCAUAAGCAUAGUAUAUUGUCAAAAUAUGCGACCCAUCAAAUCAAAAUGAGGAUUAAGUCAAAUUUAGUCAAAAU